GAAUAACCUCGAACAAAGAAAAGAGCUUCCAGGCUCCAGCAAGGCGAAAGCUCUUCACCGCCGCGCUUCGAACGUUCCACUCACACUCGUAACGCUGCACGGCGGCGGCAGCAACCAACCGCCGCCGGCCAUGGGUUUCCCUGGCGGCAAACCCCCUACGCCGCCGCUGCCGUCGCUCAUCAAGCUCGGCCAUGCGAUCAGCGCGCGCCACGUGGACCAACUCCUCGCCGCGCUCCUCCGCUGCCAUAGGCACCGCCUCGUCGGCGCCCUCGUCUCGCAGGCGCUCUUCAACUCCCUGCGCCCCACCCCGCGCACCCACCUCCUUGCUGCCUCCGCGCUUCUCGCCUCCGCCCGCCCCCGCGACGCCGCUCGGCGCCUCGCGCUCGCUGGGCCGGCGUCCUCAACCCGUUGCCUCUGGGACGCGCUGCUCCGCUGGACCUGCGCUGAGCAUGGCGAUCCGCGCCACGCGCUGGAGCUUCUCUCCGCUGGCGUCGAGGAUCACGGAGCUGUCCUUUCCCCUUCUACGUAUCAUGCGAUGGUGUCUGUGUUGUCUGACCGUGGGGACAUGGCCGGGGCGCUCAAGGUGUUCGGUAUAAUGACCGAAAGGGGGUGUCAGGUGGACGACCGUGUUUGUAGCGCGAUCGUUUCUGGAUUCUCCAAGGCCGGGAAUGAUAAGGCUGGGUUGGAAUUCUAUGAUAGGGUGAGGAAGGAGGUCUGCGGGUUUGAGCCAGGCCUGAUGACACUGACUGCGGUUGUCAAUUUGCUUGGGAGGGAGGGAAAAAUUGGUGAGGUGGCAGAGCUGGUAAGUGAGAUGGAGCAAAAGGGUAUGAUCGGUGACGCGGUAUUCUACAGCAGCUUGGUUCAUGGAUAUAUGACUGGUGGUCUGUUGAUGGAAGGGCUCCGGGAGCAUCGGCUGAUGUUAGACAAGGGCAUUGCAGCCGAUGUGGUUAAUUACACUACUGUUAUAGAUGGGAUGUGUAGAGAAGGUAGUGUGGAUAAAGUGAUGGGGUUUUUGGAUGAGAUGGAGAGAAGUGGUGCUAAGCCGAAUUUGAUCACUUAUACAUCACUUGUUGGUGGUUUCUGCAAGAGAAAUAGGUUGGAAGAUGCCUUCUCUGUAGUGAGAAAACUGGAACAAAAAGGUGUAGUGGUGGAUGAGUAUGUGUAUUCAAUUUUAAUCGAUAGUCUGUGCAAAAUGGGGGAUUUGGAUAAGGCUUUCUGUUUGCUUGGAGAGAUGGAGGGCAAGGGGAUAAAAGCUGGGACCGUGACAUAUAAUACAGUAAUAGAUGGUUUAUGCAAGGCUGGUGACACUAACAAUGCUAUUGAAAUCUCUCAAGGUGUUGCUGCUGAUAAUUUCACAUAUAGCAUGCUGUUACAUGGUUGCAUUAAGGGAGAGGAUUCAACCGGUAUUAUGGCAAUAAAGAGUAGGCUUGAGAGUAGUGGGAUUGCAGUUGAUGUUGUCACAUGCAACAUACUUAUCAAAGCAUUAUUUAUGGUCAACAAGAUGGAUGAUGCCUGCAGCUUGUUUCAUAGAAUGCGUGAUAUGGGCUUAAGUCCUAAUACCGUGACCUAUCAUACAAUCAUAAACAUGAUGUGUAAACUUGGAGACAUUGGAAGGGCAGUGGAGUUGUUUGAUGAGUACAAGAAAGAUAAAUCACUCUCCGGUACAGCUGUUCACAAUGUCCUGAUUGGAGCACUAUGCAAUGGAGGAAAGGUCAACAUUGCUGAGCAAAUCUUUUAUGAUCUUAUUCAUAAAAAGCUAAGGCCUGAUUCCUGUACUUACAGGAAGUUGAUUCAUGCAAACUUUAAAGAAGGUGGUGAACAAGGUGUGCUGAAUUUCAUUCGCAAGUUGGAGGGAUUAGAAAUGAACUUGCUUUCAUCUAUUUGCAAUUAUGCUUCUACCUUUUUAAGCACCAAGGAUUGUUGUGAAGCAGCGUUGCAUGUGUACAAGAUGCUCAGAGUGCAAGCCUUUCCUGUAACUAGCAAAACAUUCUACAAGCUACUUAAGAGCUUACUCCGAAAUGGAUAUGACCAGGUCAUACAACCAUUGUUAAGUGAGUUCACUAAGAUUCAUGGCCUAAAUGAACCUAGAAUGAUUAAUAUGCUGUCUUGUCACCUCAGCAAGAAAAAUGUUGGCGCAGCUAUUCGGUUUUCAAGUUACAUGGACAAUUGCAGUGUUCCUGUCAGUGUUCUAAGAGGAGCUGUGUAUGCACUAAAGAAAGAAGGUGAAAUUCUGGAUGCAUAUAACUUUCUGGAGCAAGCCGAACAAAGUGGUUUUUCUGUAGAUCUAGCCAUGUACUCCAUAGUAGUGGAAGGCCUCUGUAGAGGUGGUUAUCUUGAAAAGGCAUUAGACCUGUGUGAGACAAUGCAAAAAGAAGGAAUUCAUCCAACCAUUAUCGUCCAUAACUCAGUUCUCAGUGGUUUGUGCCAGCAUGGAUGCUUCACUGAAGCAUUCAGGCUCUUUGAUUACUUAGAAAGUAGCAACAUUCUUCCAACAAUAAUCACUUAUGCCAUACUUAUAGGUGCUUUGUGUAGAGAAGGUUUCUUGGAUGAUGCAUAUCAAUUAAUUCAGAAAAUGUCCAACAAAGGUAUCAGGCCCACUACCCGUGUUUACAACUUGCUGAUAAGUGGUUACUGUAACUAUGGUUUAACUGAAAAGGCACUUGGGCUUAUGUCUCAUUUUGAGGAACAUUUUCUACUUCCAGAUGCUUUUACACUUGGCUCAGUUAUUAAUGGUCACUGUCUGAAAGGUAACACCGAAGCUGCAUUAGGGUUCUUUAAUGAAUACCAUUGUAAGGAGAUGGUCCCGGAUUUUGUUGGUUUCAUGAGCCUGGUCAAAGGACUCUAUGCAAAAGGAAGGAUGGAAGAAUCCAGAGGCAUCUUGAGGGAGAUGUUUCAGUGCAAAGAAAUUGUGGAUCUAAUAAACAGUGUUGGGAAUGAGGUCCAAACAGAGUCUCUUGUUGCUCUUCUGUCUUCUGCAUGUGAGGAAGGGAGGAUUGAUGAGGUUGUGACAAUCCUAAAUGAAGUGGGACUCAUGUCUGUAUCCUCUUCAGAUUCUAGUAAUUGUAAUACACUUGCUCAGCUCAAGAAGCUGCAGAGAAUCGACAAUGCUUCUGAUCCUGGAACAGAUUCAGGACAAGUUUUGAGUUCAGUCUCUUUUGAUGUUUCUAGCGAUUGCUUUAAUGGAAGUUACAAAGGCAGAUUGCAAACCAUGAUAGAGAGAGCUGAUAAUAUAUCCACAACAAGUGAUGAUACUGAUAUUGAGAAUGGUAAUUUGCUAGGGAAGUCUUUCUAUGAUGACUUUGACACGUAUUAUCCUGCUAUUGCUUCACUUUGUUCAAAAGGAGAGUUUCUUAAGGCCAAUAACGCAAUUGAAGCAAUGAUUCAGAAUUCUGGUUAAGUUUGGUAACCAGUGCAUUCUGUUAGGGAAGUUUUUCGGGCCCAUGGUAUCAUUAUCUGUAAACAAAAAAACUCUCGUGAAGUUAACAACUGUCAACAUCAUUGCCCAUCUUGGCAGUCAGCAUUCAGCAACAGAAGGGUCCCCAAAGGUCGAAAUUAACCGUGACAUCAAUGCACACCAAGUGAAUUGAGCACCCUGACUGUCUGCAGGUUCCAAAAGUUAGAGAGGGCCGAUCACAUGACUGGGCAGGGCAUGAGAAAAGAGGAAACCAGUGUCUUCAUCGUCCAGGAAAUAUACUGAACGAUAGUUGGAUCAAUUGAGGGUAGUAAACUACUAGAACAGCUAUCAGGCCGUGUGAUAAAACAUGAGGCCUGUGAGAGUAAUGGACCUGCAGUUUCUUGGUGUUCUGCUUUCUGCUGCCGUCAUCUAAGGAAAUUGGGAGAUUUACUUGUGUCGUGUGUGGGAGCACGGACAACGGGACUGAGGACACCCCCUUUGUAGUUCGGUGUUGGCGCGCGAGAGUGCGACAGGUAUCUUCGUCGAUCUUGGGACACCAGGAUCUUACCCAGGUCCAGGCCACCCAAAGGAACUAUGUUCAGCAAGCAUCAUUAUAUCAUUGUAGAAACAAGUAAGGGAUACUGCAGUAAAGAGGAAGCAGAGACCUUGACAAAGCAGUCAUGGAAAUGCAGCCUGACCAAGGAUGCUGCCAUCCUGGUCUCUUGGGCAACAGCCUGUGCCACGAUGGAUUGCACAAUCUCCUUUGCCUUUGGGCACGAUUGGUCGUAGAACUGUGGGAACAAGCCGUACCAUGGAUUGGCACGGACAGCACCUGCAAGGAGGAGAGGACAGACAACACAGAGCACCACCAAGCAACCCAUGGAAAUCGCCAUUAGGACGCUGGGAUGCAUGUAGGGAAGGGAGAGAAGGGUGGUUUCCUGGUCAGAGAGGACUGCGAGAUGCAACAGGGCAGCUGGAGUGCGUAUAGAAUAAGCGAGCUGCUAGCCACUGUUUUCAACUGCUUCAGCAAUAAUUCUUCCAUCAAGUAAUUCCAAAGGUCAAAGGAGAUGUGCGAUAUUGUACCAACUUUGGAGGACACAGGAAUGCGUGAUGAUUAUGCGUUAGGUGCUUGCAUGGCCUACAUUCAUGUCGGACCAGGUUCCUGGAAGUGCUUUCAACUGUUCCUAAGCUUUGCCACGGGCCCAGCAUCCUUGUUCUUCUGUGCAGCUCUUAUCGGUGUCCGUUUCUUGAAGAAAACAGCACCUUGGUUGUUACUGUCAGAGACUCAGACACUUGCAGGUAUGUGUACGCUACGUGUAUGAGUGGAAAACGUUUUCUGGUGUAGAAAGAGAAAUAAAUAAAUGUAUUACAACGUUUCUUAAGAAAUUCUGGAGAUUGCUGCAAUGCUGACGUAACUACUUGGUGAACAUAAGCCACAUUUAUAGAAAAGUGAGCUUGUAUUGAACAGCGCAUUACAUGCACCUCCGUUUCAAACCGUGAGAUUUUCCAUAUCUCAGCGGAAAUUGAACAGCCUUUGUUAUUUUGA